AUGGCGCAACUCGAUACCCUCGACUUGGUUGUUUUGGUGGCUCUCUUAGUGGGUAGCGUUGCCUACUUCACCAAGGGUAGCUACUGGGCUAUUCCUAAAGACCCUUAUGCCUCCAGCGCCGCCGCUAAUGGAGCCGCUAAGAGCGGCAAAACCCGCGACAUCGUGGAGAAGAUGGAGGAGUCCAACAAGAACUGUGUGAUCUUCUACGGCUCGCAGACCGGUACCGCGGAGGACUACGCAUCACGACUGGCAAAGGAAGGCUCCCAACGUUUCGGCUUGAAGACUAUGGUGGCCGAUAUUGAGGACUACGACUACGAAAAUCUGGACAAAUUCCCUGAGGACAAGGUCGCAUUCUUUGUGCUGGCCACCUACGGCGAGGGUGAGCCCACUGACAACGCGGUGGAAUUCUAUCAAUUCUUCACUGGCGAGGACGUUGCUUUCGAGAGCGGCGCCACUGCCGAGGAUUCCCCUCUUUCCUCCAUGAAGUAUGUCACGUUCGGCCUCGGUAACAACACUUAUGAGCACUACAACGCCAUGGUUCGUCAGGUCGACACCGCUCUGACCAAACUCGGUGCGCAACGCAUUGGAACUGCUGGUGAGGGCGACGAUGGCGCCGGAACCAUGGAAGAGGAUUUCCUGGCCUGGAAGGAGCCUAUGUGGACUGCCCUGACGGAGACUAUGGGUCUCCAGGAACGUGAAGCUGUCUACGAGGCCGUAUUCUCUGUCACCGAAGACGACGAAAAGACCCCCGAGGAUGAGUCCGUCUACCUUGGUGAACCCACCUCCGCCCACCGUGAGGGCAGUGCCAAGGGUCCCUACUCCGCGCACAACCCUUACGUUGCCCCGAUUGUCGAAUCCUCCGAAUUGUUUGCUGUUAAGGACCGUAACUGUCUGCACAUGGAAAUCAGCAUUGCUGGUAGCAACCUUAGCUACCAGACUGGUGAUCACAUUGCUAUCUGGCCCACCAACGCCGGUGCCGAGGUUGAUCGCUUCCUGCAAGUCUUUGGUAUUGAGGAGAAGCGUCACUCCGUCAUUAAUGUCAAGGGCAUUGAUGUCACCGCUAAGGUUCCCAUCCCAACUCCGACCACGUACGACGCGGCUGUCCGCUACUACAUGGAAGUUUGUGCCCCCGUUUCCCGUCAGUUCGUCUCUACCCUCGCUGCUUUCGCCCCCGAUGAAGAGAGCAAAGCCGAGAUUGUCCGUCUGGGUAACGACAAGGAUUACUUCCAUGAGAAGAUCACCAACCAGUGCUUCAACAUUGCUCAGGCUCUUCAAACCAUCACUUCCAAGCCCUUCACUGCCGUUCCGUUCUCGCUGCUUAUUGAGAGUCUGAACAAGCUCCAGCCUCGUUACUAUUCCAUCUCUUCCUCUUCCCUGGUCCAAAAGGAUAAGAUUAGCAUCACCGCUGUUGUCGAAUCUGUUCGUUUGCCCGGUGCCUCGCACAUGGUCAAGGGUGUCACCACCAACUACCUCCUGGCCUUGAAGCAGAAGCAGAAUGGUGAACCCUCGCCCGACCCCCACGGUCUCACUUACUCCAUUACCGGUCCCCGCAACAAGUACGAUGGCAUCCAUGUGCCUGUUCAUGUCCGCCACUCCAACUUCAAGCUGCCUUCCGACCCAUCCAAGCCCAUCAUCAUGGUUGGUCCCGGUACCGGUGUCGCUCCUUUCCGCGGUUUCAUCCAAGAACGUGCUGCUCUUGCCGCCAAGGGCGAGAAAGUCGGUACCACACUUUUGUUCUUUGGUUGUCGCAAGAGCGACGAAGAUUUCAUCUACCAAGAUGAAUUCAAGACCUGGCAAGAACAGAUGGGCGACUCCCUGAAGAUUAUCACCGCCUUCUCCCGCGAGGGAUCCCAGAAGGUAUACGUCCAGCACCGCCUGAAGGAGAACGCCGAACUCGUCAGCGAGCUGCUGAAGCAAAAGGCCAAUUUCUACGUCUGUGGUGACGCCGCGAACAUGGCCCGCGAGGUCAAUCUGGUUUUGGGCCACAUCAUUGCCGAUCAGCGGGGCAUGCCCGCCGAGAAGGGCGAGGAGAUGGUCAAGCACAUGCGCAGCAGCGGCAGUUACCAGGAGGAUGUCUGGUCAUGA